CCAGUCACUACCCAACUUUUAUAAAAACUUGUAAAUAAAUGAUAAUAUCGAGGCAAUCUGCUCAGGAUACACUGACCAACACUCAGUUUUUAAAAAUCAGUUCAAGUGAAUACAACUGACGAGUUCAAAUUAAACAGAAACAUUUAUCCUAGAUUCAUAUGCUAGCUCCUCUAAGAAAAACUCUUAAAAUACACGUUAGUGAAGUUAAUAGUCCGCAUACAAUUUAAAUUAAUGAUAAGUGAGUUGAAAUUUUAUAGAUAUAGGAAGAAAGACUGAAGUUUCAUCAUGAAAAAUAUUCGUCACCUUCGGUCAAAUGUGUGUAAAAAUGUAUCCUAUCUGUCUGCUAUCGAAUAGCUUAUAUAUGACUUCAAAUAAACUUACCAAAACAGCUCAUCUCACACACGAAUAGAAAUGGAAGCACGAUUGAGCAUUAUGAGAGCAACAUUGUCACAAUCGAUAUUCAAACGUUUCAUAUUUGCUCUGACUAACUCAAGUGGAAGAUUUCGUAUAUUUCUCAUGUUCAUUGAAAAGGUAGUGAGUGAUUGAUAUGGGGAAUUCAUAUGCUCUUUGACUUGUCGUAUGAGAUUCUUCUGUUCAUAAGCCAUUACAGACAAUUCCAACUUGAUCUGCAAACACUUCCACAAUUCACACUCAACAAUACGUGAGUGUGUAUCUAUUCAGGUUUAAGCUACUAACACAAUGAAUCAAUUAUGAGAAUUGAGACAGUUCUGCAUAACACUGGAACACGGGAAUCCACCACUGAACAACGUCAUCUCAUUCAUGUAAAAACAAAUUAUGAGUGAGAGAAAAUGGGGUUGGUUAAAAGUGUUCAAUUCACUUUUGCGGUUUCGAGUAAGAUGAACGUUGAAAGUAGUCAGGUGGCACUCAUACUAUCGAACUAAACUCUACGUGUCUCAACAAUGAGGAUAAACUAUGUUAAGCAAAUACUAAUAAUGAGUUUAAAUCUGAAAUAGAAACUGGCUUGUCUUAUGGUCAUCCAAUGAUGAUUGUACCUUGUUGUCCCUAAAUUACUGACAUAUGACACUUUCCUGAGAGAAUAUAGUCUGAACAAACGAAGUAUUUUUAUUACUAGUAUCUGGUUUACUGUAUUAAUUGAUAUUGUCAUGUAUGAAAUAUGACAAUAUGAAGAAUGGUCUGUUGACUGCCAGAAAUCCCUUAUUUAAGGUCGUUACAACAUCGUCCAUGAGGUCAACAAGUUAAGUUUAAAUAAAAUUUUCUUUAACUUGUUUAUUUAAAAUUUGUGUGUCCAGAAAUACAUCACUUUUCAGUGUCAUCAAAAAGAGUUUGGUCUCAUUCAGUGAAGACUUAAUCAACGGUUCCGAUAAAACACAUGCUAACGAAUUCCAACGGUGGAAUUAAAAUAGUGAGUAAUUUGUGAACUAACUGUUUCAUCGAUAUUUUUAAUUAUCACGCUCAACUAUCAUUAACGAUUACACAAAAGACAGUUCAACAGUAGAGUGCACAAGCGUAAUAUGUAUUGAAUAAUGAUGCACUUAGAGAGGCACAACUCUUCCAAUCCAUAAUCAAAAACAAUAUAUAAAUGACAAAUCACACUAGUUUACAUAUCACCACACCGAAUACAACAACACAGACAAUUGGAAAAAUGAGAUCGUCGCUCACACUCGUCUUCUUAGUAGCCAUUGGUUACGCCACCGCCUACCAAAUAUCACAUGAAAGUCCGAAUGAUUACGGUGGUGAUUGCUACGGUAGUGAUUGUGGUGGCGGUUAUGGAGAUGGUGGGUAUGGUGGUGGCGGAUAUGGUGGUGGUGGUGGUGGUGGCUAUGAGGGUGGCGGAAAUGGUGGUGGUGGUGGCUAUGAGGGUGGCGGAUAUGGUGGUGGUGGCGGUGGCUAUGAGGGUGGCGGCGGGUAUGGUGGUGGUUGCAAUGGUGACGAUUGUGGUGGUUACGGUGGUGGUGGUGGUGGUGGUGGUGGCGGUGGCGGUGGCGGCUAUGGUGGUGGUUGCAAUGGUGGAGGCUGUGGAUAUGGCUUCGAUGAAGCUUUCCCUGCUCCCUAUGGUGGUAAUCAAGGCUACGGUGGCAACGGCCAUGGGAAGGGUGGUGGUAAAGACAAUGGCCAUGGAAAGGGUCAUGGCGGUGGCAAGGGUGGUAGCAAAGGUGGCAAAGGUGGCAAACCCAAUACUUACAAACCCAAUGCUUACAAACCCAAUACUUACAAACCCAAUACUUACAAACCCAAUGCUUACAAACCAAACACUUAUGCAAGCACUUACUGAGGCACCAGUUGAAUUGUGGAUUAUUCUUACUUGUUUGUGUCACACUGUCCACUACCCAUUUUUCCACACACCUCUCAAUUCAACUCACUGUAAUAUAGUCGUGUUUGAAUUCGAGAUGAAUAAAACCUAUUCAUUCUAAAUAGUGUUUUCCAUGUACGCUUUGUAUUGUGUAAUGAACGGACGUUAGUUUUUGUGAUAUUUCGAACUGUUGAGAGGUACGUGUUGUUAGUAGACAAGUGCGCGCCAUGCCUCGCUGUUGUGACCUCAUAAUUAUAAGAAAAUGUACAUAUCAAUUCACUGAACAAUGCAGUUUGCAUUAUUUUGUAUUAUCCCGUUGUUGGUAUAUUUGACUGUAAUUUGACCAGUCUUGGUUGACACAUAGACAUCGUAUGUGGAUUGUCUCGAUAUAACCAUUAUGACACGAACUAAUGUAGGAUAGAUGGAAUGUGGCUAGUAGUGGAAUCUAGGACACGCGUUUUGUUCUAGUUCGGACUCGUCGUUUGGGUGGAGGCAAUCUGCAAAAGGUGAAAUGAAACUACAUUAAGUCCACGCUCAGCCUAAAUUCCACUGUUAACCACACUCCAUCUAUCCCAUUUCACUCGAUUGUCUAGAUUGUUUAUCAGCAGAUGUGUUCAUGGCGAAUACCAUGAAUGUAGCUGAAUACCCUGGUCGAACGCAGGUCACUUUAUAAGAGAUACGUGGAUGAUAUUAUAGUUAUCUGUGAAUGAAAGGACCACAUGACAUGUUUGUUGAAUAAAUUUGACGUUUAUCAAAACUGCAUCAAUCUGUUAUGGGAAGAGGAGAAGAGUGACCAACUUCCUUUCUUAGAUAUACUUAUAAGUAGAAGAGAAGACAGUUCCGUCGAACGAUCCAUUUUUAGAAAGCCAACUUGGACAGGCCAAUAUCAUAUUUAUUAUAGUUACUGCCCAGUACAAUGCAAAAGGGUUAUGAUAGUGGGCCUAUCUAACAGGAUUAAUCUUAUUUGCACAGACUAUGAUACUGAUGACGACGUUAGGUUGUUGAACAAAACACAAAUGGAAAGUAGUUAUCCGUUAAAAUUCAUAAAUAGAUAGGAAGGUGAUGGUAUAGUGAGGCCCACUACAGCCUUGGCACAAAACAGCCUGUCUACACAACCUUACUGUUCAAAGGUGAUUCAAAUAGCCUUUUACUGAAACAAGUGAUAAAUCAGUUGCUAACAAAACGUACUACAUAAAAAGGUCAUUAUCAGGGGAAAACAAGGCCCAUGCUUCACCAAAACCUAAAAGACAUGAAGGCGAUUGCGUCAUAUCACACUGUUUCUAUCAAUUUAAGUGCGCGCGUGUGUGCGUGUGGCCACACAUACACAGGGAGGAGUAACCAUAAUCUGCAAAUUAGGGUAUCUGAACAUGUGCCUAAAUGUUUGCGGAAACAAGUAAAAUCAAAUGAUCGGAUAAGAGUAGAUGAUAAACAUCCAUCAUCUUUUAUUGCCUAACAUGUAGUUGAAACAGGUCAUAAGAUUGAUUUUAAAAAGUCUUUUGUGGUGUUGUACAAAAUGUGUUAAAGGGCGUAUACUAGGGUUUAUUGAAGCCUCAGCCAAAUGAAAAUUCAAACCACUUUAUGUAUUCAAAUUAAGUUUGUUCUCAACUUAAAUCUUUCUUGGUAAUAUCAGCAUAUUAUUCAGCGUGAUGAGGUUUCAAAUCGUUUUUUCAUAUUUAUCUUAUUAUCUUUGGCUCCUCCUAACCUCCAUUUGUCUAGUUGACAUUUCUAUUUUUAUGUAUAGAUGUUUUGAAACAGUAUACGUGUGAUUAGGUUGUUUGAAAUGUAUUGCGCUAAUAUAUCACAUAAUCCUGAUAAACUGUGUCUUCUUAUCACCCUAUCCAAAUUAAAUCUUCCAGUUUAUUAACACGUCUCAAUAUAUUUGAUGAGGGAUUUAGGCUGUAGGUGAAAUUGGUGAUUGAAUAUCUGUCAUUUGUGGAUUUCUAAUAUACAUUGUUGGCCUCACAGAACUACUCCAUGACUAGAUAUUUUCUUGCUGAACGUGUUCUCCAUGUUGUGUGCACAAUCACUCCACUGAUUCAGUCCCAACGAUGAAUUCCACAAUAAGAACACAUUUGAACAUCAAUUUCACAUAUUUCACAGUGUUUCACAUCAACGAUCACUAUUUGGUUAGGGAUUGUCCACAAACACUUGCCUCAUCGUUGUGAUUUCAUCCCCUACAAAGUGGUCACCGUCAACUGAUGAUGACAAAUUUUCAUACCAAUCAAAUAUUUUUAUCAUUGUAAAUAGGUUGCAUGUUGAAAUAAAAACGGUCGAACAAAUGGCCAAACGAGGACUGAUGAACACCUUACUCGUAUUGCUUGUAAUUCGACACCCCUUAGUCUGUUUUUUGCAAAGUUGCAUCCAUCUUCAAUACUCAACUUGUUCGUAGUUCAUCUCCUCCAUGAACGACUGGACUGUCGAUUUUUUAGUGUUAAUGAUCUACCUCAUUGUGUUGCGGACAACAGAUCCGCAUAUUCUCGUCAAUCACAUGGAGGAAUUACUUUUCUCGUAGCUACUGACUAUCGCGCAACUGAAUUUAUCUUCAUUCGAUCCCUAAUGUGUGCAUUGUUUCAUAGAUGAAUUCUCAUUUUCCAACCAGAUCCAUCACUGUUGUGGGAAUUAGUCCCAUAAAACUAUCAAGUGAGAUAAUAAAGUGGAAUUAGAAUGGGAAAACAUUUUCAAUAAGUUAAUCAUCAGGCUCUGAAAUUUAGACUCCAUAAUUAUUGCACAACUGUGAUCGAUGUAAUGUGUUUAUGUGUCAAUCGUGAAUCCAAUAGUGAGUUUCAUGUGUCUGGAUUGUAUGCAAAAUGUAUCACUUGUGAAGUUGGAAAUUCACCUAAGUAUGUUAAAUGUGUGAAGAGUGGUGUACUGUGAUCAAUUUAAUAAUACGAUGUUGAAUAGGAGAAAUGUUUUAUGUCGGAAUGAUUGUGUCAAUGUUGGAUUGGUGUGUGGCUGUGGUAUGCGUCAACCUUAUAGUGGGCAAAGAUAACUAAGUAGGCUGCACACAGCUCUUUUGAAAGCAUAGGUUCGGCUUUUUGAAGUCGGUGCAGACAGCUUCAGCUAUGUAAGGGAGUGGUAAUAUUACUCCUUCCGGCAAACUAUUCGGAGCUGGAUGCAAAAACAGGAAUGUUUCUUCUAUUUCGAUGCGAUAUUCACUAUCUGCAAAGUGAGAGCGGGAGACUGUGUCAGCAAAGUGACAUGAAACUUAACAGCGUCAAACCUCCAUUCAGUCAAUCUUCCACGUCGACUUGUCGAUAUGUCACCCACCAUGUCCUCC